UAUUAUGUGCAAUUGAUAACUAACUGGAUGACUAGCUAUAUGCUAGUUGAACUGGUUCGCUAUUUAAACCAUAGACUGUAUAAAACAGCCAGCACUAGCUAGGAGCUAGUAGGGGGUAAUAUAAUGCUGUGUUGACAUGGAAACGUUAUUUUGUUACUAGUAUUAGUCAGCCAGCCAGGUAACAUUACCGAAGUAGACAGUGUUUGCGAAGCAGCUAUGGUCUAUGCGGUCGUGAGAUACUCUACACCUGAACCAUUACCAGCUGAGAAAGCAAAAGAGAGAGAAACCAGAAUGUCGACUCUCUUUCCAUCCUUAUUCCCCCGGAUGACGGAGUCUCUGUGGUUUAAUUUAGACCGGCCUUGUGUGGAUGAGACAGAACUUCAACAGCAGGAACAGCAGCACCAGACCUGGUUACAAAGUAUCGCUGAGAAGGACAACAACCUGAUGCCAAUUGGGAAACCUAUCUUUGAGACAUUUGAUGAGGAAGAGGAGGAGGAUGAUGAAGACGAGGAAGAUAGUGAAGAGGACUCUGAAGAUGAUGAAGACAUGCAGGACAUGGAUGAGAUGAACGACUACAACGAAUCACCUGACGAUGGAGAGAUAAAUGAGGUGGACAUGGAGGGUGCUGACCAGGACCAGGACCAGUGGAUGAUCUAGAGAAAAGCCUCCACACUCCCUGAGUUGUAAUGGGAUUGAUGCUCACAAGUCCCGAGUUGCACGGUCUGCUGUUGAAGUGUUUUUAAAAAACAGAAGUACACGUCAGUGUGUCACACUGAAGCACAUGACCUGUGCGGUUGUGAAAUUUUACUGCAUGUGAAAGGCAUAACUUCUCCCUAGUAUGUGUAAUGACGGCAGUGAAAAAUGUAUUUGUGUCCAUGAGCUAACAUUUGUGACUGAGGAGGGUUCUGUGGGCUUCAGGCCAACGUGGAAGCAGUUCCCAGUGCCACUGUUUUCCUGUGAUAACCAAAGACUGUGAUUCUCUUGUUUAGUCUAGUUUCCUGUGUUUGGUCUAAGCUACUGUGACCUUGCUUGUCAAGGACUAUCUGCUCCGAACCCACGCACAAUCCUCCUCUUGCAUUAGAGACGCUGGCUGUCUUUGUUCCUAGUCAUGUGAGAGAAGUGUGCAUUCUGGCACAAGGUUGGCCAAGCAAGUAGGCUCAUCUGGCCCACCCACAACCUUUGUACCAGUCCUCAUUUUUAUGAGUCUACCCGUUGUCUGCUAAAGCACAUCGUCUUAAUGAGGAAACGAAAGAAAAUAAACUAUUAAACCAGAAUGCUGUACUGUC